GGAAGAGUUAGAAGCAGGCCCCGGGGCGGGGCCCCGUGCUCACUUCCUCUGGCCCUGCUCUGGCUGGUGGGUCACCCUGAGGCCGCCGCCGCCGCCGCGCCUCCACCCUGGUUGGCUGAGGGCGCUCCCCGGGACCCACCUCCCUGCCCCUCUCCCCGCUCAGACCAACUUCAGCUGCUGCCCACCCCACGUGCUUCCCUCGUCUUGUCCUCCCGCCCCACCGCCGCUUCCUCCUUCUCAAGUGUCCGUCACAGGGCCCAAACCAAACUGUGCCACCGCGUUGCUCAAAAGCCUUCCAGGAUCUGCAGCCGGGGCUGCUGCAGGUGAGCGGGCUGCACCCUGCACAAAGGCACGGGGAGAGGGGGCUGCUGCGACCGUACAGCGCUCCACUAGCCAAGCCCUGGCCCACCCGCAGGAGAGGGUACCCUUCUCCACUUCUCAGAAAGGCACAGCUGGAUUAGUGGUGCCCCGAGACACAGAAUAAGAAUAAAAAUCACUGCUCUGAAAAAUUUCGCACCAAGCUGGCAGGUAAUCCCCAUGUCAGCGUGACAUGCUAGCUCGGAAGUGUUUUCUGCCGCUAUCAUGGUUCGUCCGCUAAACCGCAUCGUCGCCGUGUCCCAGAACAUGGGCAUCGGCAGGAACGGGGACCUGCCCUGGCCCCCGCUCAGGAACGAAUACAGGUAUUUCCAAAGAAUGACCACAACCUCUUCAGUAGAAGGUAAACAGAAUUCGGUGAUUAUGGGUAGGAAAACCUUGUUCUCCAUUCCAGAGAAGAAUCGACCUUUAAAGGACAGAAUUAAUAUAGUUCUCAGUAGAGAACUCAAGGAACCUCCACAGGGAGCUCAUUUUCUUGCCAGAAGUCUGGAUGAUGCCUUAAAACUUACUGAGCAACCAGAAUUAACAAAUAAAGUGGACAUGGUCUGGAUAGUGGGAGGCAGUUCUGUUUAUCAGGAAACCAUGAACAAGCCAGGCCAUCUUAGACUAUUUGUGACAAGGAUCAUGCAGGAAUUUGACAGUGACACAUUUUUUCCAGAAAUUGAUUUGGAAAAAAAUAAACUUAUCCCAGAAUAUCCAGGUGUUCCUUCUGAUGUCCAGGAGGAGAAAGGCAUUAAGUACAAAUUUGAAGUAUAUGAAAAGACAAUUAAUGUGAGAGUUUUCUGAUCUAUUUCAAGCCUCCUCCUCCCCCCGAAAAAAUUAUGUAUUUUUUGUUGUAGAGACUUCUGUUGACUUUAGAUCUGUGGAUAAUUAUUUCUAAGCAAAGUACUUUUAUUCCCCAUUAAUCUUAACGAGACUGUAUCAGAUACCAUUUGUGAAACAUUUCUUGCUGUAACUUCCUGAAUGCCCAUCAAGAGUCAAAAACAGGUGACCAGCACUUGCCGAGGGCAGAAUAUCUACCAAGACGGCCCAAAGGGGGAGCGUGCCCUGACAGCAUGAGUUGAAACCAGGGCCUAUAGAGCUAGGAGCUAGGCAGAUGGGUCCAAGGUCAGAAAUGGAUUAUAAACAGAAGAGCUAGCAUUCAGUUAUUAAAAUUAGAUCAAAAGAGGGGCUGUGAAUUACUUUAUAUCACACUUCGGAAAAAAAUUCUCUUCACUCAGACCAGGAGUCAAUAAGUUGAAAAAUCCAGGAUAUUCCACAGGGAUAGUAAAGAGGCAGGUACGAGACUAGCUUUUUGGUGGUGAAAGGAAAAGGUCUGAGACCUUCAAAAACUUUGUUUCUGAUCUUCAGUGAGACUGCAUGGGAUGUUACAAUGAGAGAACAAGAAUUGGCUGCUCUUUACAAAAAAGAAUAAUCUAAUAUCAAGCAUAAUGGCUAAAAUUCAAAGAGGUAAUAAAUUGAGAAUGAAUAUUUCUAGAAACCAAAAUUAGCAAGUCAGAAACUAAACUUCACAGAAUUAAAAAAUGAAAAUUAAAACAUGUCUUGCCCAACACGUUAGCAAAGAUGCAGAUUAAGUAUCCGAAAAAACACAGCAUUUUCUGCCUCAUAAAUUGGUACAAACUUUUUAGAGUAUAAGUUAGCAACAUCAACUAAAAUUCAAAAUAUUCUGGGUUUGGACCCAGGACUUCCACUUCUAGAAAUUAAUCCUGAACAAAGAAAUGGACCCAAGAGCAUCUGUUGCAACUUUUUUUUUCAAACUUGGAAACAGCCCAAAUGUUGAUUAAUAAGAAAUAACUAACCAAUAUGUCUAUAAAAUGUAACAUCUACAGCAGUUAAAAAGAAUGAAGUACCGACAGGAAAAUGCCAAAAAUUGCUAAGUAAAAGAAGGAAACUGUGUAUAACACUCAAAAUGCUUAAUAAAUGUUCAUGUGUGGGAAAAAGCAAAAAAAGAAAAAAAAAGAAAAAAUCACUGCUCCCUGGUUAAGGAGUUCAUGAUCUGGCUCCACCCAUGUCUCGCACCUCGCUGCCCACCCUCACACCAUAUCAGACAACCCUCCACCCCCUUUGCUCUGGGCCUCUCCACGUGCUGUCUACUCAGGUAGGAGAACCCCAUUUUUCUGUCCAUGCAUCUUUCAAGGUUCAGCUCAAGGGUCAUUUCUUCUACGAAAUCUUUCUAAACACUAGGUUGGAAUUUAUUGCUCCUUCCUCUGGGCCCCCAGGGCAUUUUGCUGGGGUCUCUUUUAUGGCCCAGAGAGAGCCCUGAUCAAAUGCUUAUUUGUACCCCUACUGUCUUAGAAGGAAAGAAGGAGUGAGGGGGAGCCUAGGGAAAAUGGAUGGCCACCUGGCUCCCCUCUCUUGUUCUUCAAAACCAUGGGUAGCAUGGCCCCAGCCUUCCCACCUAGCCCUGGCUUGCCUUUCUAACCACGUCUUCCCACCUAGCCCUGGCUUGCCUCUCUAACCACGUCUGUGCUGGACCUCCGUGCUUUACACACAGGGUUGCUUCUGCCUGGGUUGCAGAAGGACGGAGAACUCUCCUUCACAGGUCAGCGCCUGCCGCACCUCCGGCCUCACUGAGGUCUCCCCAGGCCCCUGAGCGGAGCCACACGGCUCCCCCUACGGCGCCAAGUUUCCUGUUCUAGCGCCUCCCUCGGCUUGUCUCUCCCCAUUAAGCCAUUAAAUCUUAAGAGUUGGCCCCAGAUCUGAGUGACAUCACUCACAUCUACCUGGUGCCCACCUAAAACACAGGGAACACACACACACAACAAUGAUGGCUGAAUAAAGGAAGGCGUGCCUGCUUUGGAGCAAAGGCUAUCAAGUGUCGGGUGCGUCACAAUUAGCUCAUUAAAAUGGGGUUGCCUGAGCUCCAGCUCACUGGUUCAGAAUCUCUGGGGAGGCAGCACAGGACCUCACCUGACUCAGGUUUUGAGAGCUUCCUGGGCACUAAGUGGUGACACUGGGUGACCUCGAGGGCUCCUCUUGACCGUGAAAUUCUGCAGGGUGCCGAUGCACUCGCCACCCCCCUUCCUGUACCUUUCCCCACACUUGUCAAGCACAGCUAAUAACCCGUGCCUUGCCAGCCUCAGAGGGUUGCUGGUCAAGAGCAAAGAAAAUAAUUUACAGUGUGUCUCAUACAUUGCAAAACCCUGGGCAACUAAGGCAUUAUUUUUCCUUGAAGAUUCCUUGUCUGUGACUCCUCCAGGGUAGAUACACACACACCCCCUCACACCCCUCCAGUUCUU